UUCAAAACCAUGGCAUGUUCAAAUGGUAAUACAUAUUCUACAAUAUGUAAAAAAUUCAGUUUCUCGAUUUUCUUAACAGGAAAGUUGAUAUGAUGUGUUUAGCCAUUCUGGAAAACAAUGACGAAGUAACAUACACUCUGUAAACUGGAAGCUCUCUAUCCCGUGGAAGCGUUUAUUUUUGCAUGUGUGCAAGAGGGCUUAUGUUACCUGCUCAGUAAUACCACGUGACUAUAGGAUAUGGCACGCGUACAUUUUUGAGCUUUUGUAUAUGAUGCUGGUGAAAUACACGUGGAUUAAGAUGUAUGUGUUGAAAUGCUGUUAUCGGCGACGCUAUCUUGUUGAUCCAAAAGCUAUGAACAGUAUUAUGCAGCUUUGAAUUUUUUCCCAAUAUUAUCGUCCGUCCAAAGUUAUCGUAAAUUAUUACCAUGGAGACAACGACACACCUUGUGAAAUUUGGGGACGAAUGCUUAAGGGACAAAAACUAUGACAUGGCGAUCAGUGCAUACUCGUCUGCUUUAAACAAGGCUGGUCAUUCCAAUUUGACGGACGUACUGAAGAAGCGGUCGAACUGUUAUUACCAAGUCUGUAGCUACGAAUGCGCUUAUGACGAUAUCAUUGAAGUUCAAAAAACAUUUCCGAAAUGGAUUGCAGGAUAUCGUUAUGCAGCGAAUUGUUUAACUAAUUUAGGAGAUGUCGAAGGCGUAUGUGAUCUAUACACAAAAGGUCUUGAGUCGAACGGUGGAAACAUAGAUCUCAAAAAUGGUCUAGCAGAUGCAAAAUCAAAAAUAGCAAGAGAAAGUACAGAGGCUGUCAGUAAUAACCCAUUAAGUCUGUGCAAGCUUGACUUUUAUCCUGGAGAUGACGUUCGCCUCAAAGAGGAAAAGGAAAAACGUGAUGCCAUAGAGCUUGCGCAGUCGCAAACAGAAGUGCGUUGUAUAAAAGACAAAUCUAUUCCGGAACUCAUGCGGUUGUCAUGGAAACAUAAACAAAAUGGAGAUCUAGAGAAAGCGUCGGAGAGUCUAUUUUCAGCAGUACUGGUAAAGCCGGAAGUGACGUGUUUGCGACAGGUACUCGGUGAUAUGUACUUCCGCCAAGACAGGUACGAAGAGGCUUUUAGAUGUCUGAACCCAAUACCAUGUGGUGUGAGGUCGUUUGACACUUGGAUAAUCGGAGGUAAGGUUUUGCAUGAGCUUGGACUCCCGGUCUCCUCGGAGAUGUGGCUCCGACACGCCGAGAAAGUUGGCGGUAAACGAGCUGAAUUGGCCUCGGUAUUAUUUCAAGAUGUCCGAUCAAAACGUUUAUAUAAACACUUAACGACGGGCAAGAAUGUUGAAGUUAGAUUCACAGAGAAGGGACGAGCAUUGUUUGCCAAAGAAGACAUUGAUAAAAAUAUAUUAAUUUUUGACGACAAACCAAUUUUGCUGGCACAAACUAACGACAGUUCUGAUAUCAGAGCCUGCAGUAAUUGUGCAAAAACCUUGGAAACAGCACAGGAAUAUUUUGGUAAGGACGUUUUAGAUGGCAAUCAAAAAUUAAAAGAAAUUGUUGAAACACACUGGCCAAAAUUUGACAUCAUAUCAUGUUUGCAUUGCGAUCGCGAGUUUUACUGCAGUGACAUCUGUCGGAAGUCUGCUUGGGAACAGCAUCAUCAGAUUCUGUGUACCUCCGUCAAUGAAAGUGUGAAGAAGUUAUAUGACGUAUGCGACAAAUAUAAGAAGUUGUUGGAAUCAAAUCAACGAGUAUGGGAAGGUAUGUGGACCGCCGCGUUCAGUCCCGUGCUUCUUGCGCGACUUUGGGCGGCCAUAGUUUGUGAAGCUAAACGACAAGCCAAGGAACGGGGAGCUUCUUUUCCGGAAACUCGGGAUUGGAUCAGAGCUAAAUUGCCAUACAGAAGGUUUUAUUUCAGUUUUGUACUUCGGAGGUACAUCGCAUUUGCGCAGUGCAGUUAUGCGCAAAUGGUGCCAGAUAUGGUAAAAAUCAUGCGCGAAAUAUUCAGUGACGCAGGUAUCGGACUUGUUAUGGAUAUUUCUGAAAGAGAAUUUGAUGGUCGUUAUUUUCAAAUUGCUUGUAACGUUCAAGCUUUCUCUGACCCAAACCCUCCAUUCCAAACUUUUAAAAGGAAUAUCAAAGCUGCUGGACUGGAUGCUGCACGGUUCAUGGCUCCCGAGGAGAAGUUCGCUACAUUCGGUGGACUAUUUUGCCUUCAUGCAAGCAUGAAUCACUCUUGUGAUAACAAUGCAGAAAUCCACGAUGGUUCAGCUGGUCAUAGACCCGGCGUCCACGUCAUAGCAAACCGGCCAAUCAAACGAGGCGAAGAAAUCAACAUCACCUAUAUCGACACUACAAUGUCGCGCCAAAAUCGACGAGCUUGGCUCAUCCGAGCAUACAACUUCUGGUGUCUUUGUCCACGAUGUCGUUUCGAAGGAGAUGAUAGCGGAUUCUGUACGAACUGCAACAAGCAAGCGGCUAAAGAUAAACCCUUUUUGGGAUGUGGAAAAUGUCGUAGUGCCUGGUACUGCUCUCCACAAUGCCAGAAGUCUGCUUGGAAGCGAGGACACAAACUUAUUUGUCGUAAACGAUGAUAAAACAAUGGUUUCCUGAUAUCGAGGAGUUAUGUAGUGAGUACUGUUCUUCUGAAGGACAUAUCUACACAUUGUUUGUAUUUUGUGAUUUCAUAGUACUUUGUGUGAUUUACUUGUGUGGUGAUGUCUGGCAUAUACAAAAUGUUGAAGCUUUUAUAUUUUGCUCAUAUUCCCAUAUAUGAUUGACAUUAAUUUAUUUUUGAUUGAUAAUAUGUAAGCUUUGAAUUUAAGGAUAUUAUCACGGGGCUAUGGUCCCGUGAUUUCUCAAUUCGAAAUCGCUACCCUCUGUUGUGCACCUUUCAAAAGAAUGAAACAGACUCUUUGCACGUCCAGGUUCUAGCUUUUAUUGACAUUAACAUAAAGUAUAUAGUGACAGGAAACGUAUGCAUAACGCUUAUACCAUUGAUUAAAAGGUAACAAAAC